AUGUCGCUCGAGCUCGCCUGGCCGCCCGACGAGGCGCUGGCCUCUUCGCUGCUCACCUCGCUCAACCGCGCCUUGGCCUCUGCGCCACGGCCCUCCUUCCUCGGCCCCAUCACGCUCACCGCGCUCGACUUUGGCGCAGAGGCGCCGUGCGUCGACGUCGUGGGCGUGGGCGAUCAGCAGCAGCAAGCGCGGCAUUUCUCCCUCUCUCCUCCUCUCGAGCUCUCGCCUGCGCCUUGCGAGAGCGCGCUGCCUUCUCUGCAGCUGCACCUCUUGCUGCGCUGGCUCAGCACUUCGCUGCGCCUCACGCUGCGCACCGCGCUGCUCAUCAACCAUCCGGCCCCGGCGUUUCUCGAGCUGCCGCUCGACAUCACACUGACGAGCCUGGAGCUGCGCGCGGGUGCCGUCGUGGCGUUUGAGGAGACGCAGGAGGGGCGAAGACUGCAUCUGUGCUUGACGGAGGCGAUGAGCGAUGAGGAACUGCAGGCUCACUCUUCGUCGGAGGACACGCUGGGCGAGCGCCUGCUGCCCGCGCUCACCCUCGAGUCCAGCGUGGGCCAGGCAGACAAGCACACGUUGCUCAACGUCGGCAAGGUGGAGAAGUUUGUCGCCGAGCUGCUGCGCAAGGCCGUGGUGGAGGAA